AUGAACCUUAUUGAUGGUCAACUCGAAAUUAAAAUGAGUCCAGUCAGCUUUCAAACCGAUGCCCAAAAAAGAAGCCGCAAUCAUGAAGCUAAUGGGGCAGAAUAUGGUAGCAGUCAGGCAUGUUUUUCACUGCCUACUGGGGACGUGCUGGGUCCUGAUGGCUGUGCCAUUCUCCACUCCAGGUGGAAUACGUUAUCCGAUGAACAAAAGGAACAAACGUUUCCACCAAUCGCACCGAAUUACAUUGUGGAAUUGCGUUCACGGAGUGAUUCUCCCCAGCAAGUCCAUAGGAAAAUGAAGCGGUGGAUGGAAGGUGGUGUUGAUGAAGGGGGUAUCGAUCGAUCCUUAUGA